UUUGGCAUAUUAUUUGCUAUACUCUAAAGUUCAACUCAUCACAUGGAGAAGCUAUUAUUCCUCUCUAUAUAACACUCCUCAUUUCUCAUUCAUUUUCCAUUCUUCUUCUUCUUCUUCUUCUUUAGUUUUGCUAACCAUUUCUAACAAUGGCUACUGACCCAAAAACAACAGCUCCCUCUGUUGUUCAUCAAACCCACAAAAUUCUCCCUGAUUUCGACCCUCCCAAGAAGAACAAGAGAAACAAAUUCUCUCUUGCUUGCGCUACUUUAGCUUCCAUGACCUCUGUUCUUCUCGGCUAUGAUAUCGGCGUUAUGAGCGGCGCUGCCAUGUUCAUCAAAGAAGACUUUAGACUCUCCGACACCAAAAUCGAAAUCCUCGUUGGAAUCCUCAACCUCUACUCCCUCAUCGGCUCCGCCGCCGCUGGCCGUACUUCUGACUGGAUCGGUCGCCGUUACACCAUGGUCGUUGCUGCUGUCAUCUUCUUCGCCGGCGCUCUUCUCAUGGGUUUCGCUACUAGCUAUUCUUUUCUAAUGUUCGGCCGUUUCGUGGCUGGUGUCGGCGUUGGUUAUGCUUUAAUGAUUGCUCCAGUUUAUACGGCGGAGGUUUCCCCUGCUUCUUCCCGGGGAUUUCUCACUUCCUUCCCUGAAGUAUUCAUCAAUGCUGGAAUUUUACUCGGUUAUGUCUCAAACUACGGCUUCUCCAAAGUCUCAGAUCCAGUUAAAAUGGGUUGGCGAUACAUGCUCGGAAUCGGCGCUAUCCCUUCUGUUUUCCUCGCUCUUAUUGUUCUAAUCAUGCCGGAAUCCCCCCGAUGGCUUGUACUCCAAGGACGUCUCGGCGAAGCCAAGAAAGUCCUCGACAGAACGUCUGAUUCCAAAGAGGAAGCACUAAUCCGUCUGGCCGACAUCAAACAAGCCGCCGGAAUCCCAGAAGAAUGCAACGACGACAUAGUUUCCGUGGCAAAAAAAUCCACACACGGCGAAGGUGUAUGGAAAGAACUCCUGAUCCACCCCACCGCCGCCGUCCGUCACAUCUUAAUAGCCGGAGUAGGAAUACACUUCUUCCAACAAGCCUCCGGAAUAGACGCGGUGGUAUUAUACAGCCCAAGAAUCUUCGAGAAAGCCGGAAUCACAUCGGCGAAUCAGAAACUACUAGCGACGGUGGCGGUAGGAUUUGUGAAGACAAUAUUCAUAUUGGUAGCCACGUUUUUGUUAGACAGAAUCGGACGGCGGCCGUUGCUUCUGACAAGUGUUUUGGGGAUGAUAAUUUCAUUAGGGACCCUUGGAUUGGCAUUAACAGUGAUUAAUCAAACGGAUAAGAAAUUGAUGUGGGCAGUUGUGUUGUGCAUAUCCAUGGUAUUAACAUACGUCGCGUCGUUCUCUAUUGGCAUGGGACCCAUCACGUGGGUUUAUAGUUCGGAGAUUUUUCCUUUGAAGCUACGCGCUCAAGGCACCAGUAUGGGAGUGGCUGUGAAUCGAGUGACCAGUGGUGUAAUUUCCAUGUCCUUUUUGUCCUUAUCUAAGGCUAUUACCACCGGCGGCGCCUUCUUCUUAUUCGCCGCCAUCGCUAUCGUUGCUUGGUUUUUCUUUUACACCGCUUUGCCCGAGACCCAAGGCAAGACGCUGGAGGAGAUGGAGACGCUUUUUGGUCAUAUUCGGUGCAAGUCCGCCGCCGCAUCUGCCGGAACGGAGAAGGACAAUGGUAGUGGUGGGGUUCAGUUGGCGCCGACGUCCAACGGUCAGACUUCUUAAGGUAGUCUGAGAGGGGUAGUUUAGUAAAUAUGCACUCUUUUCUUUUUUCUUUUUAAAAUGGGGGAAAAUUUGUGGCAUUGUGGUUUUUAUGUUUGAUUGAAGAGGAAGAUCUUCCCCUUUGUCUACUUGAGAAAAAGAAAAAAAAGAGUAAAAUAGAAUGUUCCUUAAAAAGAAAAGAAAAAAAGAAGUAAGAAAUCCUUUUUCUUUUUCCAUAUAGACUUCAUAAAUCUAUUCUACUUACCAACUAA